UUUUUCUUUGUUGAUUACUUGGCGUCUCGCUUACAAUUUUCUGUAAAAUGUGUUUGUUAUUUCUGGGAUUGGAAAGCUUAAUUAUCAUUAUUUUAGAUGAUUUAUGUCUAUUUUUGUUAGCUGGAUUACUGCAAUUAUAUUAAUUCUGGAUACAUUGUGUUGAAUUGAAUCACAAACUUUUCUAUUUUUACAGUUUUUUUCUUCGCCUUUUUUUGGGGGAAAUUUGUUGCUCUGAUCUGCUGAGUUGAAUCUGAAUAAGGAUAGCUGAAAUCUGUUUGCAUAAUUGAACUUUUGUCAGCUGCAGUGAUGUUUUUUUUUAAUCUUGUUUAUUAGGAAACUCACUGAAAGAUUAGUUUUUUAUUUGGAUUGUAAAUCAUAAUAUGUGUUAACCGGAGCUAAAGGAGAGAGAAUUAGUAUAUCCUUUUUUUAGGUUAUUAAUUAACAUGCUGUUUUACUAUGCAAAUUGAAGUCUCAGUUGGUUGUUCUUCAUGGAUGAAUCCUUCCCUUUCAAUCUUUUGGUUUGUUUUGGAAGAGUUUUGAUAUUUUGACUAAAGUUUGAUUAUGCUUGAAUGGAUUGUAGUGGAAAGCAUAGGUGAAUCCCCCCUUCUCCAUACUGAGGCUUAUAUGUCACCUUUGGCAAUCAGCGAAUUCUCGACUGAUUGCCAAAUUUGCCAUAUAAAAUGAGUCCCGAGGGUUCAUUGAAGCCCAGUAAGGCCUUGAAUGGAGUGCGCGGGGUUCACUUAUUGCCUCACUCGCCAUUUACAGUUCAGGAGAUAAAGCAACAUAGAGAAUUGAAUCGGUCAGUUUGUGGAACUUCCAGCCUUAGCCGCAGCCAACUGCCAGUACCUCUGAAACUUUGGCAGGAAAGACCAGCUUUCCUAAGGCCGAUCCAUUGCUGUACUAAUGGAGAUAGAAGCCUUGCUGAAAGAGUUGUCAAUGUGCUUACUUCACUUCCGUUUAUUGCCCUCGGGAUUCAGGCACCUAGGAGAAAUCUUAAUUGUAAAAUUUACGCGAAUUCCCUGAUUGGGGUAGGAGUUGCAUCAAGUUUGUAUCAUGCUUCAAGAGGGACAUGGAGGAAGUAUCUCAGAUGGGCUGACUACACGAUGAUUGCCACAUCAACGUUGUGUUUAACAAGAGCACUUAGGAGUGACAACUCAAUGUUGUUGAUGGCCACAUCUGCUCUGGUUCUACCAAUACAGCCUCUGAUGGUGACAACAGUUCACACAGGAUUAAUGGAGGUUUCCUUUGCGAAGCGAGCUAUUGAAGAUCCAGACCUCAGGGUGGCGCAUAAUGUGCAUAAGGUGUCGUCAGCAAUAGGUGGCGCACUUUUCAUUUGUGAAGACUAUUUUCCCGAGACCCCAUAUCUACACGCUGCUUGGCAUCUUGCUGCUGCCGUUGGAGUUGGCACUUGCAACAAACUCUUGGAGCAAGCAUGCGCCUCCUAAUUUGCCGAAAAAUCAUUUUGUACAUGCAUCUUGGAAGCCUUAGAAUUUUUCUAUAAUAGAAGAACACUUUGACUGAACCACCAAGGAUAACUGCAGUUGAGACCUUGCUGCCUUUAGAGGAAGUGAGGAAUUUUUGAAGGUGAAAAUUAAAUGAAAAUCAAUAUUCUUUAUUCCAUGAAA